AUGCAUUCAUUUCUCCCUGUCUUUUUCAUCUUGGCUCUUCAAGAGUCCGCAAAAUCUGCUCUCCGGACAUGCACACCUGCUGAAAAUAAUCUUCCCGGUGGUCUCUGGACAGAAUGGGAGACCACUGCACCUUGCCCAACAGAGUGUGGAUCUUGCUCAAAGCGUUUUUCAACCAGGACCUGUCUUUCUUCGAGUAUCGGAAAAACAUGCACAGGCCCUUCUACUCGACAAAUCCUCUGUAACACGUCUCCUUGUAUUUAUCCAUCUCAAAGAGCCUGCUGUGUUCCCUAUGUCCUCAUGGUGAUUGAUGGGAAGCAGCAAUGUGGACCGAUUCCGAAGGAUCCCAGUGGAGUUGCAACUUCUUGUUGUCCUUCUGGUGGAAUGGUUUCCGAAUGGAGUGGAUUUUUCCGUGAUACCGUAACUAAUAUCUUUAAACGAACUCGCAAGUGUGUCUCGAAACAAAUCGGAUGUCCAUGUACUGGAUCAGCUCUCAUCCAAACGCAAUCUACAUGUCCUUGUAAAGAGUUCGAAGAUGUCAGUUCAAUUGUUCGGUUCAGUCACAGAACGUACGAUCUUCCGUUUAUAGUGGACCAAUCCACAGCCAAUUGUUAUGGAUACAGUGACCUGCAUUUCGAUGGAACUGUUGGACGACCGUGUAACGAUUACCCCACUUACAAAACUUUUCAAGCUACAGUAAUACGAUAUUUGAAGCCAAAUAACGAUACAGUUCAAGACUUCCGUGUGUUCGAUUGCCAAUCAACAUCGAGAACAAAGCGAGUCACUUUCUAUUGUGGUUUGAAGUCCGAGUAUUGGAGAUUGGAAGGAACCAAUGAGGAGGUUCGAGGAUGGAAUCAGAUUGAUAUUCGAUCAAAUUAA